UUUUGUUUAAAUAUAUCUCCUCGGAUUUUCGUUCAGUCCAAAUCCAUUUUAGAUACAGUCUCUGGCCAUCAUUUACGUUUCGCCGGCCCUGUUCCAUCGGUAGAUUGUUCAUGAAUUAUUGAACAUUAAUUUUUAUUUCUUGUAUAUAUAAUAAUAGAUGUAUAAUAAUAAAAUAGAAGAUAGGCUGGAAAUGAGACAUGUUCUCUGUUACCCCGAGUUUCGUGCUUGCGCACUCAUCAGACAGACUUUUAUUAUAUCUAUUGCUCUGUGCUUUUGCACAUCGAGCACUGGCACGUCAGAAUAGACAACGCAAUCUGGAAUAAUAAUAGAUGUAUAGGCCGAAAUGGUCCUUAAUCUACUCCAACAAAACUGAACGUCGUAAUUUUAAAUGGUUAAUUAAAAUUGCUACAUCUAAAGUAUUACUACAAAUGGCUACUUCUAACAGCUUUAAUAUACAACAGCAAACUGAUCAGCACAUUUUUUCAAAAGGUCUGAUAAAUUUCAUGCUUUUGGAAUGCUCGCCUUACUUUUAUCGCAAAAAUUUGAAUCAAAUCAGUAUAUUCUUGACUCAUCAUCCAAAUAAACUUGUUUUCAUGAGUAAGAUUUUUCAUAUAAGGAUACCUCUCUUCAAUUUUCGGCAAACCAUUACAAAAUGAAAUUCGUCUUCAAAAGCGUGGGUAGAGAUCGAAUCGCAGUAUCUGCAGAUUCAUACAUCCAUUUCAGACUCCUCAUAUUUUUAGAAUCGGUUGCCUUUACGAUGAUAUCGGUGUCGGGUUUCCUAGGAAUAAUUUAGAAAUUUGUUCAGAAAUGUCCUUCGACAUCGCCGACAAACAAAACUAUCUUUUUAUCGAAAAUUUGAAUGACAAACAUGCUUCAGUCUACUAAUGAAGACGGUCUUUGUGAGCCAUGUGAGCGCAUAGGCGCCUUCCACACUUGCACAAAGGCUGUCUCUUGUCUCACUUGCAUUUGCAACGAUGAUUCUAGGUUCUAGCAAUGAUGAUGUGAACAUUAAUGUCCCAAGCAUGUUUGGAAGCCGAAAAGUUUAUGUUAUACGAGCGUCGAUGACUCUUGUGAUACUUAUGGCUAAUCCGAAUCAGACCUAACCUAUAAAAAAGCAAGAAUCUCAUAGGAUCUAUUUAAUUCGAAUUUCUAAUAUAUCUUGAUGGAUCAGAAUCAGAAACAUCGUUUCCAGGUUUCUUGCUUGAAAAUAUGGGCCUUGAUUUGAAAUGAUUCAGGGUUAACGUACUCACCUGGUACUAAAGGUUGUUGGAAGUAUCGGUGAACGCUCGACUAUCAGAGCAGAGAGUCUUUGAGACGGGAAAAACUAUGAUGUGUAUUCUUAUUUUUUUCACUGUAUAUUUAUUUUCAGUAGGAAAAGUACAUCAUCAGCUAUAAGCUAAUUUAAGCCUACUAGAUUGGAAAACAUAUUUAAAAAAAUUAGAAAUUUUUUACAAUUUUACACAAAGAUUUAAAUAAAAAAGCUUUCCCAGACAAAUUUUUUGAGACAAAAUGCAAUUUUUCCAAUUGUCUUACUUACGUUGCCCCUGUAAAUUCGAUCCUUUUCUCCUCCAGAAUCAAUGUUGGAUUAGUUGUUUUACCGUUAUCUGCUUCAAAAACACGCAAUAAACAAUGUUGAGUUGGGGAAGGGGGAGGGGGAAGUUGUUUUUCAAGGAUCGUAGUGUUUGUUCGGGAUGUUAGGACGAAUUAAGAAAACCAACGUUGGCCACAUUGGUUUUACAGAUCCUGUAGUUGCAUUUAUUUCCAUUCCAUUAUUUUAUCUUACUUUAGAAUUAUUCAAUUUGUUUUGUAGAUUUCUCCAUAGUCUACAUGCUAAAGAGAAAUCACCAUAGGUCUUUGUCUAUAAGUUCAGCUAUAAGAAAGCAUAUUGUAACAUCGAGGUGUGGCUUAAACCCUCACGUUACUGCUAGCCCUAAAGCAUGUAAAAAUUCAUCGAACAACAUUGACCUAGUUUUGUGCAAUUUAAAUCAAAAUAUUAGUAAUGAUGAUUAGACUUGUACUAUUUUACUGAACCAGCCAACAUUUUGCUAUCACGUUGUCAUUGGGUAUUUCGAACUAAAAUUCCAUCAAGCAAUUUAUUAUUUUCAAUAUUUAGAUAAUUAGGAUAUGAUUAGUAUUAAAAAACCUUAUAAUCAAGGGGAUCUCUCUUUGCUACUUCUUGCGACAUACUAAAUCGAUGCGGACGUAAUAGCUUUUUUGAGAGGCUGUGACGUAACAUUCUAUUGCAACAAGGCGUAGAUUAAUCUGACGUAAUAUUUGAGAAAAAUGCUUUCAUAUGCUUACAAUGAUCUUGAAGUUUGUCAAACGAAGUUGACUUUCGUGAUAACAGUACAUCGAUGCUAACGAAUCGAAAUGGGAAAUUUAUUUUCAAAAAGAAGCAAAGUUUCACCGUUAAGUGAAGGAGAAGGGAGCUCUGAAUUGAAGAAAAAAGGCCAGUUGAAAAGGAACUGGUACCGAGGCCUGCUUUGUUGCGAUAGAAAUUCAGUCACAGUAAUACAGUCGCUGGCUCAAAAUGCCGAGCCAAUUGCAAGCAGCCGUGAAGAGAUGACCAGAAAUGGCUUGAAAGGCGAUAAGGAUCUUCAGAUUGAAGCAUGCAAGGAAGCAGAUAUAAAUUCAUCUGCAGAGUUUGACCUGACUGAGCCAAGGCAGCUUCAAAUGUCACCAGACAAUUGGCAAUUGUUGGAGGAAGCAGAAGAUGAUAGAUCGAGAGUAGUAAGAAGCAGGCUCGUUGUGAGAAGGGACGAGGAAGGUCAUGCAAGAGCUGUCGCUUUUGACGUCGAGUUGCAGGAAUUCGACUUGCCAAACAGACCACACUCGAGCCUUUCGAUGAGCCACCGAGCAGAUAGGCCUGGAAGAUUGACUAACAGGUUGCCUGAGCUUUCGGCAGUCACGAAAGAAGAGAUCCAGAGAAAGUUAUCUCAAGCUGUAGAGAGAAGAGACGUUCUAAUGAGGGGCAGAUCAGAGAGAAUACGACAAAAGGCUGCCCUCUCGAGAGAGAUGCUACAAAGGCUAGAAGCUGAAAAGCAACGCUUGCUGAGGGAGAAAAUCGACGAAAAGGAGCGAAAGGCCACAGAGAAGAAAGAGAAGUUGAAAAGGAGAAAGGAGAGAAAAGCUGCUAGAAGAAGCAGACAAACAGAGAGGGCCAAAACAACCGCUGCUGAGAAAGAAAGACAAAAUUGUGAAAAUGCCGAAGAAGUAUUGAGAGCAAAGAUGAGGGCUGCGGAGGAAAAGAAGGCAGCAGUGAUGCGGGCGCAGGAGAGAAAGCUUAAUGCACACAGGCUUAGGCAGAUCCAAGCCAAAUUGAAAAUGAUGGACGAAGUUGGAGAAAAUGAAGGAUCAGAAUUAGAAAACAGAAAGGGAAAUUGCGAUGAUGACAGAUUCAGGAUUCCAUUGCACUUGUUGAGCAAAGAAAAAAGACAAGAGGCUCGAAGGCCAGAAACUGCAAUGGGAAAGAUUGAAGAGUCAGUUGAAGAAUUUUCUGAAGAUGAAUUCAAGCUGGAAACAUAUAUUGAUGACACUAAACAUCCACUUGAAGAAGAUUCAGACAGCGAGGAAGAUUCUUUUUGGAACUAAUAUAAGGAUGGGAUUAUACAAUAUGAAUACACGAGGAUAUACUGAAUUCAUCGAAUGCAAUGUUGAAAAAUGGCAAAGGGGAACCAAGUAAGAUAACUGACAACUGUUUCAUCAAAUGGCAUGGAUGGUUUAAACAAUCAAUCCACAAGUGAUACAAGAUAUGAUAUAGUUGAAAGAUGGAUCCAAUGAAUAGAUGAGCUCAUUUCAAGCCUUUUUGGGAAGGAUAGGCUGUUGGUUUGUUUACAUAAAUGGACAAGCGACAAUCAUAUAUGGGAAAUAUAUGUCAGAAGCAUUUCUAUAAUAAUUUGGAUAUGCCUGUGAACAGGUAGAUUUGAUCUCUGCAAAGAAUUUUCGAGAGGUGUUGAGCUGGAAGGGUUAUAUUUUGGAAGACUGAAUUAAUUCAACGGAAGGAUCAGUGGAUAAGUUGACAAUGGACAUGAGAAUUUUGCCUUGUUUGAUCUUUAAAACAAGCUAUCCGAUAUGAAGUUAAUGAGCGCCUGUCAGAGGUUUUCUCUUGACAUAUUGACGCAAUUGAAAUGUGGCAAUGUAUAUGGGAUACAGUAUAUAUAUGUAUUUCAGUAGACAAUAUGGGAUAUAUAUAUUCGAUGUGAAGUUGGUGAUGAUGUUCCAAGAAAUUCUUCUUCUUAGAGUAUGACAGAGGAAGACAAGGACCCGAAAUAUAUUAAAUUUUUAAUGGACUGUAUAUUAGCCUUUGGGAAACAGUACAGUUUAAGAGUAAAAUGUACUUCUCAAAUGUUGUUUUUCUUCGUCUGUUUUUCUCAAUUUAUCUGGCAUCGCUUUUUGACGAGGGUCUACAAGUGUCAAAUUCAAUAAGAAAGUAAUGUGCCUAAGUUAUGAGACCUAUCUGAAUUGUUUCUGAAGGUGUAAAAUUACAGCGUACCUUUAAAAUCAGAUAUUCAGAUAGCUACGGCUGUGGCUUUUCAGUUCUAGUAGCACUUGUCCCAGUUGAAAAAAGCUUUAGCUAAGAUACUAUGAAAUUCUGAUAACCAAACAACAAGUAAAAGCAGUUUUUGCUGAAUGCUAUUAGAAAAUGAAAAUUGUUUGAGUGCAUGAACAUGUUUACAUCGCUCUGUUUGUGGCCUGGUAUUGGCUUGAAAAUUGUCUACGAUCUGAGAGUCGGUGGUGCUAUGCUCCAUUUUUAACAGCUAUCUCUCCAUUUGUGACCAUUGUCUCACAGUAACCACAAUGAAGAUGGACCUGGAGAAAAUUUUCGUUAUCAGUUCCAUUGUUUUGUAAUUGUGCCAGCAGACCAGAUGUAUUGCAUUUUAUCAUAGAAGGCGGGGGUUAUAGAAAAUUUGACCUGAGACCAUUACUGGCCAGCGGGUUGGUUUUUGGACAUGUGUUGUAUAAUUUAUAUCAGAAUUUUUAUAUUCCCAGGAAUCUAGGGCGACUAGAAAGACACAUGCCUUAAAAAAAUUAUUUUUAUCAGCAUCUAAACUUCACAUUUUCUUUUGAUUUGAUGUAUUCGUUAGAUUAAUAUUGUCAGCGAAGCUCCGUUUUAGCAGUAUACCCUAUUGACUUGUGUGGCCAAGAAAUUGAAGUAUAGAUCCUGCACGUAAUUUUUGAAUUGACAAUUUUGUGAAUGUAAUAAGAAAAUAGGGAAAUGUACCCUAUUGACUUGUGUGGCCAAGAAAUUGAAGUAAAGAUCCUGCACGUAAUUUUUGAAUUGACAAUUUUGUGAAUUUUAUAAGAAAAUAGGGAAAUAUUUUGUUGUUAAAAAUAUUAAAAGCAGUUGGCGAGAGAAAAAUUUUGAGAGAAGGUCUUCUGACCCCGAUUUCU